GCAACAAAAAAGAAGAAGGCGGAGAAGCAGGAAGUGGAAUGCCGGAGAGACGUCUCUCUGGUCUGUUUUGACAAUGAUGGAGGAAGAGGAAUUUGAAUUCACUGAGGAUUUUGAGGCUAUUUUGCAUCUAACCCCGGAGGGUCAGCAGGCUAUCGACCAGGUUUUCCCGAGCCAAGAUCCAUUGGACAGAGCAGACUUCAAUGCUGUGGAGUACAUCAAUACUCUGUUUCCCACCGAACAGUCUCUGGCCAACAUCGAUGAUGUGGUGAACAAAAUCCGUCUGAAGAUUCGGCGACUGGACGACAACAUCAGAACGGUGGUGAGGGGACAGACCAAUGUUGGACAGGAUGGCAGACAGGCGUUGGAGGAGGCUCAGGUCGCCAUCCAGCAACUCUUCGGCAAAAUCAAAGACAUCAAGGACAAAGCAGAGAAGUCUGAACAAAUGGUCAAGGAGAUCACUAGAGACAUUAAGCAGUUGGAUCACGCCAAGCGUCACCUCACCACGUCCAUCACUACUCUGAACCACCUGCACAUGCUGGCAGGGGGGGUGGACUCUUUAGAAGCUAUGACCAGAAAGAGGCAGUAUGGAGAAGUGGCCAACUUGCUACAGGGAGUGGUCAAUGUGCUUGAACAUUUCCAAAAGUACAUGGGCAUUCCCCAGAUCAGGCAGCUCUCUGAGAGGGUGAAGGCAGCACAGAGUGAGUUGGGAACACAGAUCCUGGCAGAUUUUGAAGAGGCAUUCCCUUCUCAGGGCAGUAAGAGACCAGGUGGUCCCAGUAACGUCCUGAGAGAUGCCUGUCUGGUGGCCAACGUGUUGGACCCUCGCAUCAAACAAGAGAUCAUCAAAAAGUUCAUCCGGCAGCAUCUCUCCGAGUAUCUGGUUCUCUUCCAGGAGAACCAAGACGUUGCAUGGUUGGACAAAAUUGACCGUCGCUAUGCGUGGAUCAAACGGCAGCUGGUUGACUACGAGGAGAAAUAUGGACGAAUGUUCCCCGAAGAGUGGUGCAUGACGGAGCGUAUCGCUGUGGAGUUUUGUCACAUCACCAGAGCUGAGCUGGCCAAAGUGAUGCGAACACGAGCCAAGGAGAUCGAGGUGAAACUGCUCUUGUUCGCAAUCCAGAGGACGACCAACUUUGAGGGAUUACUGGCCAAACGGUUCACAGGCUGCACCCUGACUGAUGUCCCCGGACAAAAAAAAACAGAAAGUCCUUUAGACGCCACCAACCCCUUCCUUGAGGAUGAGCCGGGUGAGGAUGUGGGCACCGAAAAAGACGAGGACCUGGCCAAGCCCAGGAAGCCCAAAGCUCCAGACAACCCUUUCCAUGGCAUUGUCUCCAAGUGUUUUGAACCGCAUCUGUAUGUCUACAUAGAAUCCCAGGACAAGAAUCUGGGUGAACUGAUCGACCGGUUCGUGGCUGACUUCCGAGCACAAGGCCCACCCAAGGCAGGCACGGAGGAGGGUGGAGCAGUCCUGCCCAGCUGUGCUGACCUCUUUGUCUAUUACAAGAAAUGUAUGGUGCAGUGCUCGCAACUGAGCACAGGCGAACCGAUGAUUGCCCUGACUACCAUCUUCCAAAAGUUCCUGAGGGAAUAUGCCUGGAAGAUCCUUUCUGGAAACCUGCCUAAGUCCAACAGUAACAGCGGUGGUCUGACCAUCAGCAGUCUGCUGAAGGAGAAGGAAGGGUCAGAAGCUGCAAAGUUCACCGGAGAUGAACUCUGUCUGAUCUGCAGUAUCCUCAGCACUGCCGAAUACUGUUUGGCCACCACACAGCAGCUGGAAGAGAAACUGAAGGAGAAAGUGGAUCGAGUUCUAGUGGAGAGGAUAAAUUUGACGGGAGAGAUGGAUACAUUUAGCACUGUAAUUUCAAACAGUAUUCAGCUGCUGGUUCAAGAUCUGGAUGCUGCCUGUGACCCCGCCCUCACUGCCAUGAGCAAGAUGCCAUGGCAGAGCGUGGAGCACGUAGGCGACCAGAGUCCUUACGUGACGUCCAUCAUCAUGCACAUCAAACAGAACGUACCGAUCAUCAGAGACAAUCUGGCCUCCACUCGGAAAUACUUCACGCAGUUCUGCAUCAAGUUCACAAACUCUUUCAUUCCCAAGUUCAUCAACCACCUCUUCAGAUGUAAACCCAUCAGCAUGGUGGGAGCUGAACAACUCCUUCUCGACACCCACUCCCUGAAGACCGUCCUGCUGGAUCUGCCCUCCAUCGGCUCCCAAGUGCUUCGCAAAGCUCCUGCCAGCUACACCAAGAUAGUGGUUAAAGGCAUGACCCGCGCAGAGAUGAUACUUAAGGUGGUGAUGGCUCCGCACGAACCCCCCGUGGUCUUUGUGGAUAACUACAUCAAGCUGCUGGUCGACGGCAACCCUGAGACCUUUCAGAAGAUUCUGGACAUGAAGGGGCUGAAGCGCAGCGAACAGAGCAGCAUGCUGGAGCUCUUCAGGCAGAGGCUGCCCACUCCACCCUCAGGGGGCGAUGGCGGCCCCUCUUUGUCGUUCAGUACCCCUACACCCGAGCAGGAGUCGUCUCGCAUCCGUAAACUGGAGAAACUCAUCAAGAAGAGACUGUGAUCUCUACGCACACACACACAAACACUAUACGCUCGCACAAAAGGACUGGGACACUUGUGCAGAAUGAGAUGUUGUAUAAUUUAUUCCUAAAAAAACUAUUCUGCAACAAAUGACCUUUUUUUGCAUUACACUUAAGUUAAACAUGGCUGAUGCUGGAUGAUGAAGGAUUAUGAAUGUUGUCAGACGCCUCCUGUUGUUGCUUCAUGUGUCUUUUACAUCUGUAAUUUCCUGUUUUCUUCUCGUUUUACUAACCUCUCAUUUGUAACACUGCAGUACAUUUGCCACUAACGUCCACCCAGCGAGAUACAGCUGCCCCUGGGAUGUGUGUUUUUUAACGCCGGGGUUCACCAGCAGCUCGCGCUUAAUCAAACCUGAUGUUUUCAGUGUAACAUGCUGCGAGGAUUGCCACGGCUGUCUUCAGUUAUUUAAUUUAAUCAUUAAUUAUGCGGGGUAUACCGGGUCAACAUCGCAUUCUUCCAUUAAAGUGGAGUCAUAAAUGUCUGAAUAAAUUCUGUGGCCUGAACCAAA